AACGAGGAGGCUCUCCGGGGAUCAACGGAUGAUCGUGGUGGGAGGGUAAGACCCUAUAUUAGUCCUAUACUGUCCUAUCCUGGAUUAGUGCAAACCAAGAGAUCAUCAUGCAAACAGCCCUUACCAUACUAGGCCUCGUCGGCUUCUUUUUCGUCGUAUCGUUAGCUACUCCGCCAUCCUACAUGGACUACGAAUCUAUGGACGACGGAGUCGAACGUGACGACAGGGGAGAAAGAAUCGUUUAUGGAAUUCAGGUCAAAAGGGGUUGCGUCCCGAGAGGUGGAAACUGCGACCACAGAGCUGCUGAUUGCUGCUACAGCACGGCCUGUAGAUGUAACUUGUGGGGUGCAAACUGUCGUUGCCAACGCAAGGGGCUUUUCACCAAACUUGGAUAGACAACGGAAGACAUUUGACAACUGACACCAUUAAAUUAAAAAAAAAUCUUGUAUAUAAGGUCCAGAGGCCUUCUGUGAUUUUUUGAAAUAUAUGCAAAUACAUUGUUUCCAUAAUUA